CGGAGGUCAAGUUAAUGCAUCAUCUAUUUAAUCCUUUAAAAGCCACCACUGCCUUUUUGCAAAGGAGCUGGGUUCGGGGGGGGGGUUUUUUUUUCGCACCAAAUGAAUCGAGUACUGCGAUGAACGACGGCCAAGAUGUGGCUUCUUGAGAAUGAAGGCGACGUCUUCCAGGGCCGUCAGAUAUGGCUGCGGCCUGGAAAGAAGUACCUCCUGGGUCGUGGUAAAGGGGACAGCAGCAGUGAAGCUGGCGACACAAUAAUUGUUGCCGACAAGACUAUCUCAAGAAAACAUGCCACUAUUGAAAUUGAUGCGGUUCCUGAAGGCCAUGGUGAACUUCGGGCCAGCAGGUCCAAGGUUACCAUUGAGGAUCUCAAAACCAAAAUCGGAACUGUGGUCAACGGGAAGCAGAUCAAGGGACAGAGCUUUGUUCUGUCACAAGCCUCCAACUCGUUCAAACUCGGCCACUUUGCUAAGGUUUUUCGGCUGAAUUGGAAACCGGUGGUCCUGACCUUCAACUUCAGCAGUCGUGAGGAGCGGGCCGACCCCUGGUCCAAGCUAAGGGAAAGCCUGGAACAGCUCGACAUCAAAUUCAUAUCCGACUUUGAUGUACAGCACACGACCCACGUCGUUCACAAAAAGCGCAAUACUCCACGCGGUCUUCAGGCGCUAAUCAAUGGCCGCUACAUCGUCACCGACUCUUUCAUUGAGCGAAUCAAGGAUGCUACCACCACAGGGGACGAUGGCACGCCUAGCCUGCUAGAGCAAGAUUUCAGCGCCAAUUGGCCCAACCCCCUAGAUCAUCUUCCUCCCCGUGGUGAUGAGCCAAGCAUGCGACCAGUGGAAACCUACGAGCCUGACCCGCGAAGAAAGGAAAUCUUCGAGGGUUACACAUUCAUAUUUUACGACCAGACUCAGUACGAAAACCUAAUGCCCAUGAUCACGAAUGGAAAGGGUAAAGCUAUGAUACGUGAGGUUACUCCGUUCGAAACGCAGCCAGACGAAUUCAUUCGCUAUGUCAAGGAAGUGGCAGGAGAGAAGGGUCUGGGUGAGUUCGAGGACGGUAGCGAGGGGAGAGGUGUGGUUGUCGUACGCUUCGCACCGAAAAAGGAGGGCGAUUUGCGCACGUGGUUUUGGAACUUUGGCACCGAGGUGAUGAAACGACUUGACCAUCGCAUGAUCGAGGCGAGUGAGUUCCUGGAUGCCAUCCUGGCGGUUCAGCCUGGGAUGCUGAGACGACCGCUUGAGUUCGAAACCACGCCUGCCGAGACACCUGUCGAGAUAGCGCCACCGGCGCGGGCAACACGGACGACAAGGGCCCGAACCUCUCAGACUGCUGCUGCCGAAGCCGCCACUGCGAGCAGACAGGUCCAGCAGCCGAUUGCAGAUGGUGAAGGCGUGCAAGCUGCGACCGAGACUAGACGGAGCCCAACUCCUCCUCUACAGAUGACACCACCUCGAGCUACAAGGAGGAAGGGCAGGUUCCGAGGCUUUGACACUAGCGAUGAUGACGAGAAGCCACCGCCCCCUGAACCCGAACCGUCAGCGCCGCAAGAGGAAUACUCUCAACCAAUGUUCGUCUCACAAGUCUACGAGUCUCAAGAGCCAAACUUGGUUGACACCAUGCGUGGCACCCGCUCGACAAGAUCGGGCCGCAAGCGUGCGCAUUCACCGACACCACUUGAUGAAGACGAAGAAAUGGUAGACUCUGCGCCACCUACAACGACAACAAAUAAACGCCGCCGGGUCGAGCCAACGCAGAUUUCAACAUCAAGGUUGAGACAAGCAGUGAUACCCGAAAGCGAUGACGAUGACGACGCAGCUGCUAUACCCGAAUCGCCCGUGGCGGCGCCCGCACCUGCGACUGGGCCGGCGGCAGAAAAGCCAACGGUCAAGACUCGCAGAGGCGCCAUAGAUACCGAUGUGCUCGACGCGGCAAGGCAGCGCCUGGCUGAGACGGAAGCCAAGGUCAAGAAGGAGGAAGAGCGCUACAAGGUGCCCGAUGACGGCUACUCGGUCGAGCAGUUGGCUGAAAUUCGAAAGCUCACCUUGGUUGACGAGAUGCCGGUCCGGAACCCUGGAUCGGGCGGGCGCACGCGCGAGCAGGAUAUUGCCGACGGCCGCUGGGACCCGCGUUGGAACGGGAGGCAAAACUUCAAGCGAUUUCGCAAGGCUACGCCUGGCGGCGACAGGGCAGGGCCUCGGGCGCCGGUGCAGAGGAUUCUUGUCGGAUACGUCGAGGAGAAGAACAAGGUGUACGGCAUCGGGGAUGAAUAUUGGCUAGAAGACACUGUCACUUUGGCACGGAAGAAAUCGCAGAGCCAAGGACAGGGGAGUGCCAGCAGUGCGACUAUGGGUGGGGUAACGACGAGUCCCGUGUCUGCUCAGACGAGUAACAGACGAGCAGCCAAGGGCCUUGACAGUAGUGAUGACGAGGACGACGAUGAUCUAAUGGAGAUGGGCAGCAGACGAGUCGAGCCCGAGGAAGAAGAGCAAGAGGAAACGGUUCUGCCACGCACGAGGAAGGGCAAGGCGGCUGAGAAGGCCGUCUCUCAACGUUCGCAGCGGCAGACGCAGACGCAAACCGCAACCUCAACAGCAGUAUCAAGUACGACUCAGUCGCAACGGACGACGAGAGCAGCUUCAGGGAAGCGAGCGGCUGCAACCUCGAUACCAAAUCCCCGGCCGGCGAAGAAGGUGGCGCGUGCGAAACAAAUCGAAGCUAGUGAUAGCGAUGAUGAUGAUGACGAUGGCGGUGGAAGGUUUCGGUUUGGCCGGAGGUAGUCAGAAGUGGGUAGAGAUAUGGAGAAUAUUGCAAAUGCCCUGCGCCAUGAUGAUAGGCAUGCCACACCCAGCAGACAUGUGGAAAAGGGUAUCAUUAAAUCUCUACUUGGCACCAACCGCCGUUCUAGCUGUAGCUGCCUCGACAUAUAUACAUGCAAAGAGUUGCUCAUUGCCCAUGAAAUACUUGAAACAAAUCAUCACCCCAAGAUCAGAACUCCA